GUACGCGUCCGGCCGGAAACUUCGUCCUCCGUGGCCCAUGGUUCCGCGCGGGCUUCCGUGGCCCCGGGAAUUCCACGCCGGCUUCCGGUUGAGAAGUCUGCAGAAAUGGCUGUGGGUACCGUGGGUCCGGGGCUAGUGGACUGCCACUGCCAUCUCUCCGCCCCGGACUUUAACAGCGAUCUGGAUGAUGUGUUGGAAAAAGCCAAGAAAGCUAAUGUUAUGGCCCUUGUGGCAGUUGCUGAACAUGCAGGAGAAUUUGAAAGGAUUAUACAACUUUCAGAAAGGUAUACUGGAUUCAUCCUGCCAUGUCUGGGAGUUCACCCAGUUCAAGAACUUUCACCAGAAAAACCAAGAAGUGUGACAUUAAAGGAUUUGGAUGUAGCUUUGCCUGUUAUUGAGAAGUACAAGGAUCGGUUGUUGGCAAUUGGAGAGGUGGGGCUAGACUUCUCCCCCAGAUUUGCAGGCACCGAUGAAGAGAAGGAAGAACAAAGGCAGGUCCUGAUCAGACAGGUUCAAUUGGCCAAAAGACUAAAUGUGCCUUUAAACGUGCACUCACGCUCAGCAGGAAGACCCACCAUCAACCUCUUACGUGAACAAGAAGCAGAAGCUUGUGAAGCAGCUGCCUCUGAGCUCCAUUUGCUUAGAGACAGAUUCGCCUGCACUGGGACCAGAAAGACAGACACGGAACGAGCCCUGCAACAUUUCCAUCUCAGCAGAAUUCAUCGCCCAAGUGAAAGGGAUCUCAGUGGAAGAAGUCCGAGAAGUGACGACACAGAAUGCUUUGAAACUGUUUCCCAAGCUGCAGCACCUGCUCCAGAAAUAGCUGCAAAACCACCCACUGCACGGCCAGGGCAGCUCAGGGCAGCACCGGGGAAAACAAGCAUUUGCUUUAAUGGUCUGAAAUGAAGAAGCCACACUUUAUGUAGACAUUCAUAGUUUUACAGAAAUGUUUCUCUUAAAAACAAAUUCUCGGCUGGGGAGAUGGCUUGGACACUAGGAACACUCAGUUGCUGCUCUUCCAGAAGACUCACACAGUUCCCAGCACCCAUGCUGGGUGACUUGUAACUUCUGGCAGCUCCAUCCAACUCCAGAAGAUGCAAUCCCCUCUUAUGGCCUUGUCUGUCACUAGCACACAUGUGGCCUCUAGCACACAUGUGGCAUACUCCUACACAGACUCACAUAAACAUAAACAAAAAUAAUAAUAAAAUAACAAUUUCUAAAAACUAUUUUUUAAAAAGAGAGGUUUGGCUUGGCUAC